CCCUGCUCGUUGCUCAUUUUCUCGUUUCUCAAUAUGGCGAACGUAUUUGUUGAAGCCGCUUACAACUCGUCUAUUUUUUUCUCGUCGUGUCUGUGUGUGCUUAAUUAUUUGUUGUGAAAAUUAGACGAUUUUCGUGUGCACAAACAGCGUAAAAGUUGCGUUAAACAGCAAGCAUGGCAUCAGAGGAAGAGAACGACGAUAAUUUUCAAGAAGAGGAAGAGGCUCAGGAGGACAAUGCACAAGUGGCGGAGCUGUCCAAUGAUUCCGAUGCGCCACUGAAACCGAAUAAUGACGAGGAUGACGAUUACGAUCCCGAGGACAAUCGCAAGAAGAAGAAGGGCAAGAAGCGCAAGACCCGCAAGGGCGAGGAGAAGGGCCGCAAGAAAAAGAAGCGCAAGAAGAACGAGAGCGAGGAGGACAGCGACUUUGUCCAGCACGAUGAGGAGGUGGAGUACGCCAGCACCUCGAAGCGCGGACGCAAGCGCAAGGAGGAGAAGCAGGCCGCCAAGGAGAAGGAGUCGGCAUCAUCAGGAAUGCCAUCUGUGGAGGAUGUCUGCUCGGCCUUCAGUGUGUGCGACGUGGAGAUCGAGUACAGUGAGGAGGAGCUGCAGAGCCUCACCACCUACAAGUCGUUCAUGCAGCACGUGCGUCCUAUUCUCCAGAAAGAGAAUCCCAAGAUCGCUGCCCCCAAGCUGAUGAUGCUGGUGGCGGCCAAGUGGCGCGAGUUCUGCGAGAGCAACCCGCACAUCCAGCAAGAGGGAGGUGCUGCUGGAUCCGGAUCCGCGGGUCAGGCCGAUCAGGAAGCGGAAGAGCCACGAUCCUCGCGGUCGUCGCGAAACGAGAAGCCGGAUGAUAUCUACGAGGAGGCUGCCGAGGAGGAGGAAGAGGAGGAGGAGGAGGAGAAGAAGCCGCGUCGAAAGCGAAGCAGUCGCGGCAAGAAGGGACGCCGACCCUCGGGCAAGGUGCCCACCCUGAAGAUCAAGCUGGGCAAGCGGAAGCGCGAUAGCUCCGACGAUGAGCAGGAUGCCAGCGGCGCCUCCGAACGGGACUCGGAUCUGGAGUUUGAACGCAUGUUGCAGAAGUCGGACGACAGUGCCGACGAGAAGGAGGCUCCCGCCAAGACGGAGGCCGCCGCUCCGGCUGCUCAGGACGACGGAUCCGGGGCUCCGGUGGUGCGCAAGAAGGCCAAGACCAAGAUCGGCAACAAGUUCAAGAAGAAGAACAAGCUAAAGAAGACGAAGAACUUCCCGGAGGGCGAGGACGGGGAGCACGAGCACCAGGACUACUGUGAGGUGUGCCAGCAGGGCGGCGAGAUCAUCUUGUGCGACACCUGUCCGCGGGCCUACCACUUGGUGUGCCUGGAGCCGGAACUGGACGAGCCGCCAGAGGGCAAGUGGUCCUGCCCGCACUGCGAGGCCGAUGGCGGAGCUGCCGAGGAGGAGGACGAUGACGAGCACCAGGAGUUCUGCCGCGUUUGCAAGGAUGGCGGUGAGCUGCUCUGCUGCGACUCCUGCCCCUCGGCUUACCACACCUUCUGUCUCAAUCCGCCGCUGGACACCAUUCCGGACGGGGACUGGCGCUGCCCGCGCUGCAGCUGCCCGCCGCUGACCGGAAAGGCCGAGAAGAUCAUAACCUGGCGGUGGGCCGUGCGCACCGAUGCCGACGGGCCCAGCACCUCGAAGGGAUCCAAGAGCAGCAACACCCGGAUCCGCGAAUACUUCAUCAAAUGGCACAACAUGUCCUACUGGCACUGCGAGUGGGUGUCCGAAGUCCAGCUGGAUGUCCAUCAUCCGCUAAUGAUCCGCUCCUUCCAACGCAAGUACGACAUGGAGGAGCCGCCCAAGUUCGAGGAGUCCCUCGACGAGGCCGACACUCGCUACAAGCGCAUCCAGCGCCACAAGGACAAGGUGGGCAUGAAGGCCGAUGACGACGCCGACGAUCUGGAGGAGCGCUUCUACAAGAACGGCGUCAAGCCGGAGUGGCUCAUCGUCCAGCGGGUGAUCAACCACCGGACGGCCCGGGAUGGCAGCACCAUGUAUCUGGUGAAGUGGCGAGAGCUGCCCUACGACAAGUCCACUUGGGAAGAGGAGGGCGACGACAUUCCCGGUCUGCGCCAGGCCAUCGACUACUACCAGGACCUGCGCGCCGUGUGCACCUCGGAGAACACCCGGUCCAGCAGCAAGAAGAGCAAGAAGGGACGCCGCUCCAAGCUCAAGGCCGAGGACGACGAGGACCGGCCGGUGAAGCACUACACUCCGCCGCCGGAGAAGCCCACCACCGAUCUGAAGAAGAAGUACGAGGGUCAGCCGGCCUUCCUGGAGGGAACUGGCAUGCAGCUGCAUCCCUACCAGAUCGAGGGCAUCAACUGGUUGCGCUACAGCUGGGGCCAGGGCAUCGACACCAUCCUGGCCGACGAGAUGGGUCUGGGCAAGACCAUCCAGACGGUCACCUUCCUCUAUUCGCUCUACAAGGAGGGCCACUGCCGCGGACCAUUCCUCGUGGCCGUGCCCCUGUCCACGCUGGUGAACUGGGAGCGUGAGUUCGAGCUAUGGGCACCCGAUUUCUACUGCAUCACCUACAUUGGCGACAAGGACUCCCGGGCGGUGAUCCGCGAAAACGAACUGAGCUUCGAGGAGGGCGCCAUCCGUGGCAGCAAAGUGUCCCGCCUGCGGACCACCCAGUACAAGUUCAAUGUCCUCCUGACCAGCUACGAGCUCAUUUCAAUGGAUGCCGCCUGCCUGGGCAGCAUCGACUGGGCCGUGCUGGUGGUGGACGAGGCGCAUCGUCUGAAGAGCAACCAGAGCAAGUUCUUCCGCAUCCUGAACAGCUAUGCCAUCGCCUACAAGCUGCUCCUCACCGGCACCCCGCUACAGAACAACCUUGAGGAGUUGUUCCAUCUCCUGAACUUCCUCAGUCGGGACAAGUUCAACGACCUUCAGGCCUUCCAGGGCGAGUUUGCGGACGUGUCCAAGGAGGAGCAGGUGAAGCGCCUGCAUGAGAUGCUCGGCCCUCACAUGCUGCGUCGUCUCAAGACCGACGUUCUCAAGAACAUGCCCUCCAAGUCGGAGUUCAUUGUGCGUGUGGAGCUCUCGGCCAUGCAGAAGAAGUUCUACAAGUUCAUCCUCACCAAGAACUACGAGGCCCUGAACUCCAAGAGCGGCGGCGGCUCCUGCUCGCUGAUCAACAUCAUGAUGGACCUGAAGAAGUGCUGCAACCAUCCGUACCUCUUCCCGUCGGCCGCCGAGGAGGCACCCACCUCUGCCGGUGGUCUCUACGAGAUCAACUCCCUGACCAAGGCCGCCGGCAAGCUGGUCCUGCUCUCCAAGAUGCUGAAGCAACUGAAGUCGCAGAACCACCGAGUGCUGAUCUUCUCCCAGAUGACCAAGAUGCUGGACAUCCUCGAGGACUUCCUCGAAGGCGAACAGUACAAGUACGAGCGCAUAGAUGGUGGCAUCACCGGAACAGUGCGUCAGGAGGCUAUCGAUCGAUUCAACGCUCCGGGAGCUCAACAGUUUGUCUUUCUGCUGUCCACCCGAGCCGGUGGUUUGGGCAUUAACUUGGCCACCGCCGACACCGUCAUCAUCUAUGACUCUGACUGGAAUCCGCACAACGACAUCCAGGCCUUCUCCCGCGCCCAUCGUAUCGGCCAGGCCAACAAGGUGAUGAUAUACCGCUUCGUGACCAGGAACUCGGUGGAGGAGCGUGUCACCCAGGUGGCCAAGCGCAAAAUGAUGCUUACCCACUUGGUGGUGCGACCGGGAAUGGGCGGCAAGGGUGCCAACUUCACCAAGCAGGAACUGGACGACAUUCUGCGCUUCGGUACCGAGGAUCUCUUCAAGGAGGACGACAAGGAGGAGGCCAUUCACUACGACGACAAGGCAGUGGCCGAGCUCCUCGAUCGUACCAAUCGCGGUAUCGAGGAGAAGGAGUCGUGGGCCAACGAGUAUCUGUCCUCGUUCAAGGUGGCCUCCUACGCCACCAAGGAGGAGGAGGAGGAAGAGGAGACUGAGAUCAUAAAACAGGAUGCCGAGAACUCGGAUCCGGCCUACUGGGUGAAGUUGCUGCGCCACCACUACGAGCAGCACCAGGAGGAUGUGGGUCGCAGUCUGGGCAAGGGCAAGCGUGUCCGCAAGCAGGUGAACUACACGGAUGGCGGCGUUGUGGCCGCCGACACCACCCGCGAUGACUCCAACUGGCAGGACAACGGCAGCGAGUACAACUCUGAGUACUCGGCUGGCUCUGACGAGGAUGGCGGCGAUGACGACUUCGACGACCAGAACGGUGGCGAACGGAAGGCCAAGCGCCGCUUGGAGCGCCGCGACGACCGCCCCCUUCCUCCCCUGUUGGCUCGCGUGGGUGGUAACAUCGAGGUGCUGGGUUUCAAUGCCCGCCAGCGCAAGAGCUUCCUCAACGCCAUCAUGCGGUACGGCAUGCCGCCGCAGGAUGCCUUCAAUUCUCAGUGGCUGGUGCGAGAUCUCCGCGGCAAGUCCGAGCGCAACUUCAAGGCCUACGUGUCCCUCUUCAUGCGUCAUCUGUGCGAACCCGGUGCCGAUAAUGCCGAGACCUUUGCCGACGGAGUUCCGCGCGAGGGACUGUCGCGCCAGCACGUUCUCACCCGGAUUGGCGUCAUGUCUCUCAUUCGCAAGAAGGUGCAGGAGUUCGAGCACAUCAACGGCUACUACAGUAUGCCGGAGCUGAUCCUAAAGCCCUGCGAGCCCGUGCGGGCCAUGGCCAAGCAGGAGGCAUCAUCUCUGGAAGCAGCUCCGGCUGCGGGCAAGGCUGAAGUGGACAAGAGCGCCACCACUAGCAACAGUGCCACCCCGGCCACCAGCGCGGCACCCAGUCCGGCACCAGCUUCAGACAAGGGCGAGGAUAAGGACAAGGACGAGAAGGAGAAGACCUCAUCGGAAAAGAGCGAUGUGAAGCAGGAGCAAGAGCAAGAGGCUGAGGAGGACAAGAAGCCAACGGACGUCAAGCAGGAGCAGUCUGCAGAGGAUGCCGCUGUCGAUACAAAGCCCAGCGAGGCAGAGGUCAAGGCCGAGGUGGCCAAAACAGAGCCCAAGGAGGAGGCCAAGGACACCGAGCUUAAGGACGAGCCCAAGGCCGAAGAGGACGACAAGGAAAAGGAGAAGGAAAAGCUCGAGGACAAGAAGCCCAUACCCAUUGACGAUGACGAUGACGACGUCAUGAUUGUCAAGGAGGACGGAGAAUUGGAGAAGCCCAACGCCAGCUCCCCCAAGGAUCACAAGGCUGCUGCCGCUGCCGCCGCCGCUGCUGCUGGUACCACCGGAGCAGCCGGCAAGGGAGUGGAGGACAGUCUCGAGGUGCUGAAGCGCAAGUUCAUGUUCAACAUCGCCGACGGCGGCUUCACCGAGCUGCACACCUUGUGGCUGAACGAGGAGAAGGCCGCGGUGCCUGGACGCGAAUACGAAAUCUGGCACCGGCGCCACGACUACUGGCUCUUGGCCGGCAUUGUGACCCACGGAUACGGGCGCUGGCAGGACAUCCAGAACGACAUCCGCUUCGCCAUCAUCAACGAGCCCUUCAAGAUGGACGUGGGCAAGGGCAACUUCCUGGAGAUAAAGAACAAAUUCCUGGCCCGACGCUUCAAGCUCUUGGAGCAGGCCCUGGUCAUCGAGGAGCAGCUGCGACGGGCGGCUUACUUGAAUCUCGCCCAGGACCCAAGCCACCCGGCUAUGUCGCUGAACGCUCGCUUCGCCGAGGUGGAGUGCCUGGCCGAGUCCCAUCAACAUCUCAGCAAGGAGUCGCUGGCGGGCAACAAGCCAGCCAACGCUGUGCUGCACAAGGUGCUGAACCAGCUGGAGGAGCUGCUGUCGGACAUGAAGAGCGACGUCUCCCGGCUGCCUGCCACCCUCGCCCGCAUCCCGCCCGUGGCCCAGCGUCUCCAAAUGUCGGAGCGAUCGAUUCUCUCUCGCUUGGCGGCCACCGCCGGCAAUGCCUCCAAUGCAGCUCAAUUAAUGGCACAAUUUCCGGCUGGAUUCCAGGGCACGACACUGCCCGCAUUCACCGGCGGACCGGCUGGCAACUUCGCCAGCUUCCGGCCACAGUUCUCGGUGCCCGGCCAGCUAUCGAAUAACGCCGGCGCCUAGGCACCUCCUCAAUAUCUAUGAUAAGCGCAUUCGUAUUCCAUGCAAAUAUACUUUUACUCAAGUUAAGAAUUUAAACUCUCACACGAAGACACCUGCACACCACACCCCCACCCACUCUCUAAUAUUUAUCAUAAUCAUUUGCAAUGAAAUCCCCUCCAGAUAAAGAGAAACCAUACCUCCAUGGCGACAUCGCGUUCACACAAAUAACAACUUUCCAACACAUAUGACGCUUGGCGAACGGCAGGUCCUUGCUUCCCUUCCCGGAAUUCUGCUUCUGCUAUGGGGCACAUCCCGGGGACUGAAGCAAGGAGCUCGCGGCCAACUAACAGACCUAAAAUAAUUCUUAUUUACUUACCUAUUUACUUAUGUGAUUACAAAAUCUAGAUACAAUAUAUAAAUGUAUUGAAUUCCAUUGCAAAAAAUGUGUAGAG